AUGGUGCUGACCGAGGCCGAGACCGCCAUCGUGCGCGCGCUGUGGAGGAAGAUGGGCGACAACGUGGGCGUCUACACGACAGAGGCCCUGGAGAGGACUUUCGCUGCCUUCCCCUCCACCAAGACCUACUUCCCCCACUUCAACCUGAGGCCGGGCUCAGCCCAGGUCAAGGCGCACGGCAAAAAGGUGGCCGCCGCACUGACCCAAGCGGUCGCCCACCUGGACAACGUGCCCGGUGCGUUGUCCGCGCUGAGUGACCUACACGCGCACAGGCUCCGAGUGGAUCCGGUCAACUUCCAGCUCCUGGCCCACUGCCUGCUGGUGACCCUGGCCCGCCACUACCCUGGGGACUUCAGCCCCACCAUGCAUGCUUCGCUAGACAAGUUCCUGAGCCACGUAAACUCAGUGCUGGUGUCCAAGUACCGCUGAAGGGGGUGGGUCAGUCAAUGGACACCCCAGCAGCACACUGCCCCGAGUAAAGCUCUGAUGGGUGCA